CAGCAGGAGAGACUUAACCCUUCCGUAGCUCGGACGCCAGCCAGCCAGAGGAAGGAGCCCCUUUCUGGACCCAGACCGGCAGGGCGCAAGGGGGCAGAGAGCACGGGCUCCCGGCUGGAGGAGGAGGACGACACGGAGGAAGAGCAGGCACCAGGUCUUUUGGGGGAGGCGGUGCUGGACGCGGCACAUCCCUCUCUUGCACUGUGCACAACCCCCCUGCCCCAAAAGCAUGGGAGCACAGAGCUGAGGCAGCCAGCCCGUGAGGACCGUCCCCACUCCGGCCAGUCUCCUCGCCUGCUUUCCAGCCCCCCGCCAUGUCCUUCGCGAUGCUGCGCUCGGCCCCGAGCCGGUUCCUCUACCCGGAGAUCAGCAUGCUGUCCGAGGACGAGGAGAACGGCAGCGAGAGUUCGGGUUCGGACGAGAAGCCCUACCACCUGGACGCCGGAGGGUACGGCCUCAAGGGCGGCCAGCGCCGGAGCAGCAAGAAGAGCAGCCGGAUCAACAGGGAGCCCCGCCAGCGCCACACGGCCAACGCGCGGGAGCGAGACCGCACCAACAGCGUCAACACGGCCUUCACCGCCCUGAGGACUCUCAUCCCCACGGAGCCGGCCGACCGGAAGCUCUCCAAGAUCGAGACGCUCCGCCUGGCCUCCAGCUACAUCUCCCACCUGGGCAAUGUCCUCCUGGUGGGGGAAGCCUGUGGGGACGGGCAGCCGUGCCACACCACCCCGGCCUUCUUCCACCACGGCGGUGGCGGCAGCACCAGCGCCGCCAGCAGCAGCCCCCCCGGACGGGAGAGCGACAUCUCACAACCCAAACAGAUCUGCACUUUCUGCCUCAGCAACCAAAGGAAGAUGAGCAAAGACCGAGACCGGAAGACGGCGAUUCGGAGUUAAGACGCUGAUGGGUUCAAGAAGGCAGCCAUGGAGGAGGAGGAGGAGGAGGAGGAGGAGGAGGGGAUCGCCAAGGGAAAGGAAGACCGGAAAAGCCACCAAUGCAAGACCAAGAGACCGACCCUUCCGGCCUGUGCCCAGCUGCCGGCCAGAGCCGGGUGGCUCGACCCGCCAUGAACUUGAACGGCAGCCUGUCCCUGAGGAGCGAGACUCGGCCCCCUCUGGGUCUGGAGGGGCAGGCGAGCAAAGCAGGCUUUGUCCUGGAGGAGGAGAAGGGGCAGCCGCUCUGAAAGGACCCUGCUGCUACUCCCCAGGGCGGGAGGCGCGCCGGCGCUGCAGGCAUGACCGCGGCCGCUCCUCCGGUGGGGACUUCCAGGCCCGCCGGGGCCCUUCAGAACAAUCCACGCAGACCUAAGGGUUGCUGGGGAAAGAAGCAGCAAUGGCGGCUGUGGGGAGGGGGUGUCAGAAGGAGGGGGGCUGCGAGGGCACACCCCCCCAAACGCUGUGUCU